AUGGAGCGCUUCCAGCUGUGGGGAUUCUUCGGCCUCAUCGCUCUCACCGCCGCCCAGAACAUCGCAUACAGGCCUGAUGGUCAUCCCUCCUACCUGCUGCUGACUCCCAAGGUCCUCCGAUCUGGAGUCCCAACAUCAAUAUCAGUCGGUAUCCUGAUCAACCAGAAGGUCACUGUAUCAGCUCGCAUUGUUCAGGGCAGCCAGACUCUGUCUUCAAAUUCUACUAUGAUUGAAAGAGGUUUGACCAAACUGCUGACUUUGCCACCAAUCUAUGUGAGCGAGUUCAGUGACAAUCGCGUCUACAGGCUGGAGGUCCAAGGUCACGUCGGCAAUGUCCACCUUUUCUCAAACUCCACGCAGCUGAAGCUCGACCUGAAGGGCUUCUCCAUCUUGAUUCAAACAGACAAAGUGAACUACCUGCCCGGGCAGGUGGUGAAGAUCAGAGUGGUGUCCAUUAACAGUGACGGCAGGCCGCACAACAACACCGUGGAUCUAGCCAUCAAAAAUCCACGGGGAUACCUGAUCAGGCAGUGGCUGUCUUCAGAAGGGGUCUUUGUCUCCAAAGAGUUCGAGCUGUCUGACAACCCUCCUCUGGGUGCCUGGGUCAUCACUGCUACAGUCCAAGGCAUCUCCAGUAAGAAGACUUUCCAUGUGGCUCAUUACGUGCUGCCAAAGUUUGAGGUCAUGAUCACAACGUCGGAUGUGAUUUAUCGCAAGGAUCCUGUGGAGGGAUUCGUCACCGCAAAGUAUCUGUACGGCAAACCUGUGCAGGGAUACAUGAAUAUAACGUUAACUAAUCAUGGUCAUGGCUUGAACCAGGCUUACCACGAAUACAGAGAGAUUGACGGGACUGAAGACUUUGCGUUCGAUGUUUCGAUCGGCAGUCUAUUGUACAAAGGACCUUUCACAAGGGAACUCUACCAACCGAUCUAUUUGGAGUAUGUAAUUAUUGUGGUUCAUGUGACGGAACACCUAACAGGUCUCACAUAUAACAGUUCGGUGAUGGUGUCAGUGGCAAAGAGCAGAUAUAGACUUUCCUUUGAAGAGUAUCCCACAGUACUAAGGCCAAAUUUACAUUUCAAUGCCAAGCUGAAAAUAUCUACAUACAACGGCAAGCCGCUGUCACUCAAGGAUCAGCAAAACACUGUUCAAGUGUCAGUGGCGCAGCACAGCCGAAUACCGCCGCCUUGGCAUGAAUACCCGUUCACAGGAUUCCUGCAUGAAGCAUUAACCACUCCAGAGCCAGAAAUGGAUUCAGUGGAAACGGUGUUUAAAAAAAUGGAGCUUCCUAUUCCUGCAGACGGAGUCAUACCGCUUCACAUUGAGAUCUUUAAUGACACAGAAGUACUGAGUAUCGAUGCUUCUUAUGAGGACAGCGAAAACAGUUUAGUGAUCUACAGAAAGUACACAUCCCCCAGUCAAACCUACCUGCAGAUUCAGAAACCCUCCGGACCUGCACAGGUUGGUUCACCCCUCCUGCUGCCCAUUGAGACGAAUUUUCCACUAAUGAUUGAUUUGUACUACGUGGUGAAGUCCAGAGGUCAGGUGGUUUCUGCUGGGAAAGGCUUUGGUGAUCUGACUCUGAUCCCAGAAGCCUCCUGGGCUCCUGUGGCCUGCAUCAUCGUCUACUGUGUGCAUCCCGACGGAGAGAUUGCCAGUGAUGUGAUCAGGCUGCCCAUCAAACCAGUUCUACAAAAUAAGGUAUCUCUGAAAUGGAGUGACGCUGUGACGAGGCCAGCUGGGAAUGUGACCCUGAAAGUCACGGUGGCAGAGCCUGACUCGCUGGUUGGGAUCCUGGUGGUCGACAAGGCGACGCGUGUGGAGGGAUCCCACAAUGACAUCACCACGGAGCAGGUGCUGAAGGAGAUGAAGGAGUUUGACGAUUCAUACGCUGACAUAUGGGGAAUUGGAGAUCCAUACUCAGUCUUCAAGGGAUGCGGUCUUGUGGCGUUGACUGAUGCCACUUUGCACCAACAUAAAUGGAGGCCUGUGUUCCCAGUGUACACACUAUAUGCACCCAUGACUCCCAAUUCAGAAGUGGAGCAACACAAGGAGGAACAACCGGAGCCACAUGAGCGCCAGAACUUUCCAGAGACCUGGAUCUGGAUGGAUAUCAACACAGGCGAUUCAGACACAAAGGAAAUACCACUGAUUGCACCAGACAGCAUCACAAGCUGGACCGCCACUGCUUUUGUCCUGUCUGAGAGACUGGGUUUGGGUGUUGUGGAACAGCCAGCCAUGCUCACGGUGUUCCAGGAUUUCUUCCUGACCUUGAAUCUCCCGGCCUGCAUCAUCCGAGGAGAGGAGCUGGUGCUGGAGGUCAUUCUGUACAACUACCUCCCACAGCAGCUGGAGGUCACUGUGGUUGUUGCACAGAGUGACACCUUCGAGUUCAUCUUCCCGGACAGCGAGAUGCUCCCCAUGCCCAGCGUCCGAGGCGUGUCAGUGGGGAGUGAGAGCGGAGCGACCGUCCUCAUUCCCAUCCGGCCUCUGGUGACUGGAGAGAUCCCCAUUUCCGUGAAAGCCAUGUCAUCUGCAGCGUCCGACUUAGUCCGCACAACUGUGCUCGUCAAGGCCGAAGGAAUCGAGCAGUUGUUCUCUGAAUCACUGCUGUUUGAAAUUUUUCCACCUGAAUCAAGCCUGGUCAGAAACAUCAAUUUCACCUUCCCACCAGAUACUGUGGAGGACAGUCAGAGGAUUACAGUGACGGCCGUCGGCGACGUCCUCGGCCCGUCCAUCAGCGGCCUGGGUUCUCUGAUCCGGAUGCCUUCCGGCUGCGGGGAACAGAACAUGAUCAACUUUGCCCCAAACAUCUACAUCCUUCAUUACCUGAUGGAGACCAAACAGUCCAACCAGGACACCGUUGACCGCGCCGUGAACUACAUGACAAAAGGUUAUGAACGAGAGUUGUCCUUCCAGAGAGUAAACGGCUCCUUCAGUGCCUUCGGAGACCGUGACUCAUCUGGAAGCACCUGGCUCUCUGCUUUCGUGCUGAGGUGUUUCCUGCAGGCGCGGCAGUUCAUCUUCAUCGACCCUCAGGUGCUGGACCGAGUGGCGGCUUGGAUCGCAACCCAGCAGGCGGCCGACGGGAGUUUCGAGGAGCCCGGCAGGGUCAUUCACACCCAGCUCCAAGGAGGCCUGGAUGGGCCUGUGUCCCUCACAGCCUACGUCCUCAUUGCUCUGCUAGAAGACAGCGAUGUCAGGGCUCGGUAUUCGAGCCAGGUGUCGGCGGCCCUGAUGUACCUGGAGACCCGCCUGGCUCUGGAUGUCUCAAGCAACUACAGCUUGAGCCUGCUCAUCUACGCUCUGGCUCUGGACGGGAGCUCCAACGCCCGAACGGCACUCACCGAUCUGAUCAAACGAGCUGAGAAGAUAGACGGAGGCCUGAGGUGGACCUCCCCGUCCGGCAGCAGGUCGUUGAAGCCUCGCUCUGCAGAUAUUGAAAUCGCGUCCUACGUACUGCUGUCUCUGUACAAGCUGGGUUUGGUCUCGGAGGGUAUCAGCCUCAUGAAGUGGCUCAGCCAACAGAGAAACGACAGGGGAGGAUUUGGAAGCACUCAGGACACGAUCGUGGCUCUGCAGGCCUUAUCCACGUACGCAGCUCUGGGAGGUUCUGAGGACACCGACCUCACCAUCACGGUGGACAGCGACUCUUUGACCGCCCCCGUCUCUUUCCACAUCGAGAAGGAGAACUUCCUGGUCUAUCAGAGCCAGCAGAUUGAGCCACAGAACGUGCAGAACCUGCAUCUCCAGGUGACGGCAGAAGGUCGUGGAAUCGCCCUGUUUCAGCUGAACGUGAUUUACAGCGUCAGGAAUGAGAAGCUGAUGAGGAGGAGGAGACGACACGCCGGCGAGUACGAGCCUUUUAAGCUGGACGUCGAGCUGGACGACCAAGAAAUGGACACGGCUCAUCUGUACAUCUGCUACAGUCUGUCACAUGAUCUGGGCCUGAACGCGACAGGAAUGGCCAUCAUGGAGGUGGGUCUGCUGAGCGGCUUCACUGUGACUCCGGACAACGUCGAGACUGACCGAGUUGUAAAGAAGGUGGAGACGCAGCCGGGAAAAGUCAUCCUGUACCUGGACUCUGUGACGACAGUUGAGAUGUGCCUGACGAUUCCUCUGGUCAGGGAGUACAGAGUCGCCAAGGUCCAGGGAGCAGCAGUUCUCCUCUAUGACUAUUACGAACCAAGUCGCAGGACAGUGACGACGUAUAGUUCAGCAUGGAGGGCCAACACAGACGCCUGCGCCUUCUGUGGUGACGACUGCAAGGACUGCCAAGCUGAUGCCCACCCACUGACCGCCGCUGCACCUUCCAGCCGCCUCCACCUCCUGCUGAGCAGCUCCGUGCCAGCUCUGCUCCUCCUCGUCAUCGUCCUCGGCAUGUAAAUACGAUCAAAGGGCAGUUCAGCUGCAGGUGUACAGAUCUGGUGAAGUGUUUUUUGUUUUUUUAACUAAAGCUAUUUUAAUCAAAUGUGUUAUAGAGUUCUAAAGUUAAGUAAACAUUGUAGAUUGGUAGAAAAAAAAUUCAACCUGAAUGAGAAACUUAGAUUUCUGGGAUUCGCUGUUGCAGACUUUUUACUUCUUGUUGCUUCAGCACUGUGUCGACCAAUCAGAUACGUGGAAUCACACAUUUCUCAUAGAUUACUGUGUAACACAAGCAGAAGUCAAGAAAAUCCUUUUGGUUGAGGAAAAAUAAACGAAGACUCGUCUCUUGA